GGGAGGCCUUGAAAGAAAAGGAGAAGAGUGCCCUGUAACCUACACGUACCUCCCUCAAAACCUUGGUACCUGCACCACUUGUUGCUGCUAUUCUGCAAAAGCUCACUCUAGAGCCACGAACCAUUGAGAGGGUGUUUUGUUUGCAACCAGAGGCUUACCAGUGCAGGAUUGUGCUUUGGGAAUUCCCCAGAGUGUGAGUUGUGCAGAUUACAGAGCUCAGCUUCAGCUUCUACAUUGCUAAACAAUGGGGAGGCAUUCCUGCUGUUACAAGCAGAAGCUGAGGAAGGGGCUCUGGUCUCCUGAGGAGGAUGAGAAACUCCUGAACCAUAUAAACAAGCAUGGGCACGGCUGCUGGAGCACUGUCCCAAAACUUGCAGGGCUUCAGAGGUGUGGCAAGAGCUGUAGGCUGAGGUGGAUGAACUACCUGAGACCUGACUUGAAAAGAGGUGCAUUCGAACAGGAGGAAGAAGACCUCAUCAUCGAACUCCAUGCUGUCCUAGGGAACAAGUGGUCUCAAAUUGCAACACGGCUGGCUGGAAGAACUGACAAUGAGAUCAAGAAUCUUUGGAACUCGUGCAUCAAGAAGAAGCUGCGGCAGAAAGGCCUCGACCCCAACACUCACAAGCCCCUUGCUGAUGAAGCUGAUCGCAGGAAAGUAGCUCCCACCAUGAGUACUGAAAGGACCUCCGAGUCUAGCGAUGUCGACCAGUCCAGUGCUGGUGCCCUUGGCAACUUGAGCCAUCUUCUCACUGAGACGGCACAAUCACCAGAGCUCCUGCCAGUGCUUGGUAAGCAGCGCGCCAAAACUCCAAGCUUGACAUGUGUGAAGGUGCCACCCAAGGAGUUUUUUCUCGACCAGCUGGCUUCUGGUCAUGAGAGCCUUCCCAGCUGCCAUUCAUCACUCCCCAUGCCCAACUUCCCUUUCCAGCAGCCACCUUGCUACAGCAAUGGAUUUAGCAGCAGGGAUGGUGGAAGCAAGAACUCACUCUGGUGGUUUAACCAGAAUGAGUCCAGUGGCAGCGCGAUUUCCACUGUGAUGCCGCCAGUUUCACCAUCAACUCUCUCAACAUCCACAGUGCUCAAUCUGUCACCAGACAAUCCACAUUCUGGAGGCACUGGCAUCCACAGUGCCCAAUUCUACUGGGAUACUGCUAAUCCUAGCAGCAGUUGCAGUACGCGAAGCAGCGGAAAUAAUAACUUGGGUUUCGAGCUGCAAAGCACAAGCUCGCUUCUAGAGAACAGCGUCUUCCCAUGGGCAGAGUUAGCACAAGAUAAAGAUAGCCAAGUUCACCUAGAGGAAGAACUCAAGUGGCCUGAGUUGCUCCAUGGUACCUUCCCAGAGACAUCAACAGCAAUGCAGAACCUUAGCCAAUCGCUGUACGAAGACGUGGUUAAGGCCGAAAGCCAAUUCAACAUGGAGGGGCUCUGUGCAGCUUGGUCUCAAAAUCUGCAGCCACAACAACAUCUCCAGCUAGUAACAGAUAUGUAUGACAAGGAUUUGCAAAGAAUGUCAUCACCUUUUGAGAAUAUCUAGAAAGAGAGUUCGAGAAUGAAGAGAACAGAGCAGUAGCAGAAAAUUAUGAGUUUCUUCAUAGAGUCAUUUACAGGUCACGAAGAGGUGUUUGCAUAGAUAGUUUUGUGAUGACACCAAAAUCAAAUCAAAAGCUGUUCAACGAUUAAAUAUACUGCAUGGGGAGAACAGUACAUGAUGUGUGUAGAAGAGUACAUUUCAGAGUCUACCUUCCUUUGUCUUGAAUUUUUCUGUAUUUUUCUGUACAUGUGUGCAGCUCGACUUUUUGUAUGCUUGA